UUUCAGUAGUUUUCUUUGGACAUAAUUGAAAGUCAUUCUGGUUUCUUACCUUACUACAAAUUUGCAAAAUAGUAAAUCUCCACCCUAUUAAUUCAUUCACGUCCUCUCAAUUGUCAUCUAAUCGCUUAUUUCCCGUGACUUCAAUGUGGGUUUAUAUUUCUGCAAACAUUCUGAACUCGAGAUCGACCCAUCGUGUCUUUCGCCGGUGCCAUAUCAGAGAAGUUGUACUUCUCUUAGUUCGGUUUGACGAUGGUGCCUGCUGACUUCUCAGACUGGAGGAAUAUUGAGUUGCAGAACAGAAAAAGAAGGAGAUGCUGUAGUGUACGGUGUCUUAAAGCGCCCAUGCACAUGUUUACAUUCUUUUAUUGGGUAAGUUAAGCUUUAAGAGCAUUGCAGCACUUAACAUGACUAUCGGACACGAAUGCGAUUCAUUCUAAAUCAGUAAACAGGCACCAAUGGUCCGCUUUGUGCGAUUCCUGCGGAAAAACCCCGACAGAAUUUCAAAUAAUAAAGAAAAUAAAUUAUAGAUGGCAAAUCUGUAACUUCUAAAUCGGCUGCUGUCCCGCCAGAUGCUAGAUGUUUGAUUACUAUGACUUCGUUAUCCACCCGCGCUCGUUUAGCUAUUAAUGAAGUUAUUAGCUCGUGUUUGUUUUGACGAUUUGGAGGCUAAGAACUCCUAUAGGUUACGUGAAAUAUUCCAAGCUUUGUUGUCCAGCUCAUUAGAAUCUCCUAAUGUUAAUGUACCACUUGGAUGGAAAAAACUUAAUGUUCCAUACGGCAAUACUUGAAAUUCCUUGCAUGAAUCAUGUUUCCACCUUCCUAGCUUACAAACAUGAUUUCAACGCCCACAGGAAGCGUAUUUCAAUCUGGUUGUUUUGUGCUGAGUAUGUGAUAUAACUCAUUCUCUGAUUUCUUUCUUUCUUUUCCUUUUUUGACGUCGAUGUUUUCCUAAAUUGUAGCAAAAUUGUUAUUGUACACGAUAAGCUAAGGAGUUCUAAUUGCGUGAUGGUAUGAUGUACUGUUUGUGUUUAUCAUGGGUGUUGAUAAAUCACUCGCCUCUAAGUAUCUUGUCGUCAGACGAUGGAAAUAUUAAACUUUCCGUAUUAACAAGCACCGGAAACCGUCGGCUCCAAAAGUUUUGAGACAAAUAUCGAUCCUUGUAAGAUUAGUGUUUCUUCGUUCGAGUAGCAGAAAUUCACUUCCGCGAACUUUUAUCCUCUCACGCUGUGGACAGAAUUACAUGUUGUCUUGCAAGGAGAGGUGAUUCCUUUUAAGUCUAUCCGCCAUACUUUUACUUCACUUUUAUUGAACCUGUUGUGAACUUUUAUCCUUUCACGGUGCGGACAGAAUUGCAUGUUUUCUCGCAAGGAGAGGCGAUUCUUUGUAAGGUUGUCCGUCUAUCUUUACUUCACGAUUGAUGAACCUUUUUUUCGAAGAGUGGAAUGGUCAGAAAGGUUUGAUGUUCAAAUCGAAUUUUAAAAAAAUAGAAAAAAAAAUGUAAAAUAGAAAAGCUGGACUGGAAAUUUUCCCCAAAUCAUACCGAAAUUUUGUUCAAGGUAAAGUUCACCCUGAGCUAUGAAACCGAAUUCAAGAGAAAUAUUUCUGAAUCGAGACAUGACCUUUGUCAAGAUCUUUUAAUUGAAUUUCCUUAGUAUUGUAGUCCAGCUAAACAAUCUGGCUAAAGUUAUACAUUCCUUAUGGAUGUCAAGAGUUCGCCAGUCAUAACACGUCUCCGGUCCAUUUAGUUGUCCGACUAUGAUUAUGAAAAGAGCUAAAAUGCACCAGAGAAAUUUGUAAACUAAUGAGGAUGUGCUUUGUUAUAUGUUCAGGACAAUUUGAUAUACAAAGAAUUUCCGACAGUGGCUAAUCUUAGAAAACUGAAAUGCUCCUUAGUUUUAUACGUAUAUACAGCAACUUUUAGAAAUGAAUAACUAGACAGCCCUCUCUCAAAGUUAAAUCAUUUGUAGAGCUUAAUUAUUUUACAUCUCUACGUAAACUUAGAGUAGAAGUUCUGUUAUACACGCUUGUAUUUUCAUUCUAAUUCUUCCUCUUGAUUACCACAUAAUUAAUUUCGUUGUCUAAUCUAAUUAAAAGACGUAAGAUGUUUAUUUUCGCGGCCAGUUGAAAACCGGCAAAUUAAGUUGAAGUCACCGCGGAUAAAAUGGGUGUGACAAGACUCAAAGUAGGACAAUUUUAAACGUCUUGUCUGCUUGACAAGAUCCCAUAAUAAAACUUCUGACCGAAUUCGAUCAUAUUUCUUGGUGAAUAAAUUGGAUUUUUUUUAUAUUAUGACAACAGUAAUAAGGGAAAACGGAGAACUUAACAAACCACCACUCGAACUAAGAAAACUAGAAAACUAGACGUUUAUGGUUGGCAUCGUAAAGAUUUUGCUUUCCGGUUCAGUCUAUGGAAUGACGUGAAACAAAACGACCAUAUUUGGACCUGAAAUGGUCAAUGAUGCAAUUACGAUGCACAAAAGUCUCAUUUCCUUGCUACAGUCGAAACUGUAUUAAGCGGAUGACUGUCAAAGUCCCGAAAUGUUUCCUGUAUCCAGCGGUCACAUUUAAUUGAGCGAUCAUGAUCACCCUUUACUGAGUCCCAACGGCCUCUUUGCAUCGUUUUCCAACUGUACUGCACGGUCCCUUAAACGGAACAAUCAAAUAAAAUUAAUCUUUCAAGUACAAUUUAAUCCGUUUUUCUCUCCCGAAAUCAAUGUUAGUGGUAUUUUUGAGCGAGUUUUUGUACAUUAAGUGGCCAAUAUGGCAUCAAAUGGUGUUUUCUUGUUUUUUAUUAUACCGUAUUCUGUGGAACCUGUUUUCAACGGUCAACCUGUUUUUAGCGGUCAUCCCUCCAUUCUCCGGCUGACUGCUUAAAACAGGUUCGACUGUAUUUAUCUGAAAAAUUUUGUACUUGGUCUACAAGACAAACUGACCGCAUUUAUAUUCCAUCUUCUGUAAAUUAAUACAAAACACUCUUUAUGGAUGCUCAAAAGUGUAAGUAUGUAUGAAAAUUCAAUCUCUCAGUUGAGUGGCGUGGCCCUGGUGGUAGUGGGAGCCUGGACACUGUUGUUUGAGAGCCGGUACAAUGUACUUCUGGGAAGCUCGUGGUUUCUAAUAAUAGUAGGUCUUAUGAUUGGUACUGGAGGUCUCAUCAUGAUUGUAUGCAUCUGUGGCUGCUAUGGGAUUGUCAAAGAACACAGAUAUUCGCUUAUUUCGGUAAGUAGCAUUUCUAAAUCUGCUGACAUAUAUUUAUAGAAUCCUACAAUGUGUUCAGUCUGCAUACCACGGACUGACUGGCGUAUUUCCUUGAGCUCCUCUUGCCAUUUUCUGUGGCAUGAAGGGACUAAGAGUACCCCUACGCUUCUAAGAGGUGAUGCUAGUUGAUUGCAGCUAACCCCAGCCGUUUGUGUGAUUGUCUUGACAGCUCACUGUAGCUGGUCCUCUCCUACACACCAGGGUGGAUGAAGGUCUAUUUAGAGUACAGCGUCUUCCUCCAAAACACAGUGACCCUGAUUAAGGCUAAAAUGUGAUGACUAUUUUCACUCAAGUUUGUUGGGUUCGUAAAGCAAAUGAGAUGCCACACGAGUGUGAACUGAAUCGCUCAUUAAUAGACCCAAACGAGCAAGUUUGUCGCUACACGAGCGUAUCUUCGCCCGCGAGAAAGUUUUUGGCCCUGAGUAAAGUGAGCUGGUGAGAGGUCUGGUAGACCUCUUGCCAGCCAGGCUGAAACAGACAUGCGUACACUACAAUUCGAAGGCCUACGUUUCGCGUUGUGUACGUCAUUUAAAUCCGUUUUUCAAUAGACAGUUGAAUACCCCGUCGUUGUCUGAAUUAGGGAGUUUAAGAAACGACGACGGCGACACCGAGGACAACGUCAAUUAAAAAAUGAACUUGCAUUUUACCUACGAAUCUCGCGAUACUCUUAAGUCAUUUAGUUUGUUUCUCAAUGUCAAAAUUAGCUCGAAACUGAAUAUGGAACACGUACAACGUUACGUUAGAAAGAGACAUUUUGAAAAAAGCCGUCGUCGUUCACAUUCUCUAGACAACGUAAAGUUUGGUCAUUUCACGCUUUUUUUUUUUUUUUAGAGGACGCAAAAAAAUUUGCGAAGAUUUAUGAUGCACGUGCACAGUUAUUGUUCUGCUUAUUGAACCUUUUGUUUAGUGAAGUUUCCGUGGUCGUUUCCGUCUUGGUUUUCUUAAAUUCCCUGAUAUUGACUACAGUAAAUGGUUAAACCCGGGAGUAAGAUGAAAUAGUGUAUUUUGAUCGUCCGGGUGAUUGUAGUCCUGAGAAGGGUGAUUGACGUUUCGACAACCUGAACGGAAGUCAUCACCAAAAGUCAUCAUCAGAGGUCCUCAUCACUUUGAUGAUGACUUCCGCUCAGGUUGUCGAAACGUCAGUCACCACUACGGACAACAGUCCUUCUCGGAACUUCACUCACCCAGACGAUCAAACUACACUAUUACACCUAAUAUUGACUGUCCUUAGGUCUCCAUACACUGAAUUUGAGUACCAAUAUUACUCUAUACUUGGUUCGCCUGCAUUAGCUAUUGCUGUUCCCAGUUGUAAAGUUUUAAUCUCUUUUACAGUUUCUGAUCUUGUUGACGUUGAUCUUUAUAAUCGAAUGUUCAAUCGGAGUUGCAGCAUUCGUACACCGAUCUUAUGUAAGUACAGUUGUGCUUAUCCGCGAUUUCAAUAACUGUUCAGUAUUUUGACCUCUAAUGCCAGUUUAUGUCCAUCUCUCUCUCUUUUUCGAUCUAAGGGUCUCGACUUAUUUCGUUGGAAUCAAACAAAUUUGCAGGCAAAUUUUACGGCCCAAAAUCUCCAGGCUGCUUUAUAUGACAAUGUAAGCUGGCAUGCUAUUAUUGACGAAGGCAACACGGUGUCACAGUUACAUGCGGAUUCAGCGAAAAAAUAUUGUUACUUACAGUCAUUGGAAAACCACUGCUAAUCGGCCACUUUUUAAAUAGGUUUUGACAAGAAAGAAUUCUGAAUUUAUAUUCUUAUAAUUUUUUAAUAUUUGUGUUGUUUUCUGUUUUUGCCAGAUUGAAGAGAAUUUAGAUAAAUCCGCGCUUGAUCGAAUGAAUGAGUAUGGAACCUCAGAUGCUGUAAGGGAUUCCUUUGACGAUCUUCAACAAAGGGUAAGGAAGAUCAAUAUUUUAGUUAUCAGCACAGGUCGAGGGAAAAGAUACAGUUAAAUUCAUUUGUCGCCUCUUGGAAAAAAAAAAUGAUACCGGACAAAGAUUUCAUAAGGAGCCGAUGAGAACCUAAGGCAAAUCAGUAAAUAUAGCUGCCUCAAGCGCGCAAAGAGAGAGUGGACAGAUCACGACAGUUUCAGUUUUGCUUCUGAUUGGUCAGUAAGAUGGCAUGAGUUUUCAAGACCGAUUGUAAAACGUAGUUUGCAUGUAAUCCCGAGUUACAUUGGACACCGUGUGAGAUAGUCCUUAGCAUGACUGACACGGGCCAGGUUUGCCGCUGAGGAUCAGAGAAGUCAAAAGCUCAUCGCACUGGGAAAAAGAAGAACGGUUAUACAGUGGUGAACUUAAAUUUCAGUCAAAAUCCAGGGAAUAGUGUCAUUUUUCGACCAAUAAGCUUCAAAAUUACGACUUUCCAUUUUCUAUGAACUUUUUCUACAUCUUUGGUUCAGGUUAACAGUGGCGUUACCCAAGUGAUAUUAACUUUUUGUGUCUGCCAUUAGCCGAUGAUUUUUUAGUAUCCUUUCUUCAGCAUAUGUGUUGUGGUAGUAGCAGCUAUUCGACGUGGAGCAACACAGCUUGGAAACAAAUGACUGAAAACCAGAAUUUGUCAGUGCCAGAUUCGUGUUGCAAGACAAUUACACCUGCCUGUGGAAAGAGGGACCACCCCUCUAAUAUAUACCAUGAGGUACUAUACCAUCACUGGUAUUGUCUUGCCAGCCGAUAAGUUUUAGCCUACUAAUCAAAUUUUAUGGAAGUUUAUUGCCUGUAGAUAAAUACUACACGUUCAACGCCACAAAAUGAAUGCAACUAUUCGCCGUGUAGACGAAUAUUUAGAUGUAAAGAUUUGUAGAUGUGAUUUGACUGAAAAUAAUUAAUUAAUGCAAAUAUCUAAGUACAAAUGUAACGAAAACAAGAAAAACGACAAAGCUACAUGAAAUAGAAACGAACUUACAAUUUGUGGCGUAACCAGGUCCGAUAGUCAAAAGCAACACGGCGCUGGCAAAAACUAACGAAAGACUAUGUUGAAAUCAACUGGUAAUGAGAAUUAUGUAACGAAAACAACGAGCAUACUGACAAGAAAUAAAUCGCCAUUGGAGUUACGUUAUUCUUACAUAACCUCAUCCAUAAAACGCAAACUUAACUGAAUAGAAACAGAACAUCACAAUAGUAGUACAAUAGAAAGGAUAAUGAUAUAAAAUAAUUUCGCAGUCGCUUGAAAAUAAUUAGAAAUACAAAUCUUUGUUGCUGUACUAUCGUUUUCUGGUUUCACACUCUGAUUUCCCAAUUGGUUCUUGGGUAUCUCUGUUCGACUGUCAAAAAAAAUUUUGGUUCUCUUCGCUUGCAAAAGCUGAAUCCACGUAUACUAUAGGAAUAUCCUCUCUGUUAUAACUAACAAGGUUUGUUGUUUCUUUCGCUUACAGGGUUGCAUUUUAAAGUUAAGCGAGUUUUUUCGGGAGCAUGUGUUUAUUCUGGGAUUCAUAGCAUUGGUUCUAAGCGCUGUCCAGGUAAUCAGGAAAGCAUUCACUUGUAAAUAACUUUACCUAUUCUGGUAUAACUUGACAACGAGGAAAUUUUUCAUAAACGAGGGCGAGUAUUUCAUCACGGUUUCUAAACAUGAGGAAACUGAUAAAGGCCGAGUGCUUUACCUAUGGCGGGGCUCCUGUGUACUUCUACUCUCAGAAGGUGGAGGGAGGGGGCACGAAUUGCGUGGCUCGGGGUUGAAACUAGAAAAUCCAAGUGUAACGUGCUAGAAUUAGGCAUCAUCGUACCUCUCACUGGCUUACCUGUUUUGUUUCGUUUUGUUUUCUUGUUUUCUUUCUCAUUGCAGUUAACUGGGAUCAUUCUCUCCUCGUGUAUGAUCCGCUUGGUGGAAUACUGAUGAAUGGUUUACGGCUAACAGCUACCAUGAACCUACCAUGAAUACCAGAGCACGACUGAAUAAACUUCAUUAUUUGCCGAACUGUUGCGAUGUCUACAAUAACAACAUCAUCGAUAUAUGCAAACAAUUAGCUAUUCAAUACUUUAUUAAAUUAAAUAUUUACCAAGAGAAGCUUGUUCGUCACUUUGUGCCCGGGACCACUGGCAGACGGGAGUUGGGGAGAGUGAGACUUGGAGUGUUGGGAGCUUCAGUACAAAAGGCUGAUCUCUGAGGACACGACUUCAAAUGACGUGCCUUCCUCAAGUCAAAUCCGAUGCCAUCAUCGUCAUCAUCAUAAUCAUCAUCAUCAUCAUUUUAACCAUAUUUCUCCGAGUUUGAGCAUAGGUCAGUAAUCGCACACGAUUCUGAGUCAUUUUUGUUGCUCUGUCUUGUGUACGCAACGGUCCUCUAUGUCCACAAAUUAAAUUCAUGAUAAAACUUAAGAGUAUUAUAUCUUCCAAAUUUAUCACUAAACGUCGUGGUACAUCUUGAAUCUUCCCUGGAUCAGUACACAAACUGAUGACUCUAAUCGUGUUUCGGAUUAAAACGCACACUGUUUAUUACAGAACAAGUUGUUAAGUCUUGCGAACCUGAUGGCUCUUUGCUGCCAGAUCUGAUCCUGGUGUCCGUCACAUGAAGCCACCGCAUGGAGUGUAGUUACUCCUCCUGGACAGGAAAGCUACCAUAUUACUCCAUACCGAGUAACUCCCAGCUCCUUUUCAAGUCUUCUUAACAGUUUGCCGGCGCUCAUCUAUAGUCCCUGGUGACAAGAAGCACUCUGAGAGUUCAAGAAAUAGCCAUAAACUUAAUAUACCUUAUUCACUUUAUUAUUUUAACUUUUCUUAACUAAUGAUAUGUUGUGUGAACAGCCUUUUCUCAUAUUUUCUUUUGUACUGAUAUAUAUGCAAAAAAUUCAGCCUGUUCACUGAUUGAGAACACGUCCAUUAAACCCAAUUAUUAUACAUUAGACUUACUAUGAAAACAUUCAUUGGUCGAGAGCAUACAAUCAAUAUAUAGUAGCAUG